AUGUUGUUACCCAAAAAGGAAGUAGCAGGAUGUGCUUUAGCAAUGAAGAUCAUGGCCUCUUCUAGCUACUCUAACUCUCCCUGUGCUGCCUGCAAGUUUUUGAGAAGGAAAUGCAUGCCGGAUUGCAUUUUUGCCCCAUAUUUCCCACCAGAAGAGCCUCAAAAGUUUGCCAAUGUUCACAAGAUAUUUGGUGCCAGCAACGUGAGCAAACUUCUGAAUGAAGUCCAACCCCACCAGAGGGAAGAUGCAGUGAACUCUCUGGCCUAUGAAGCUGAGGCAAGGAUAAAAGAUCCAGUUUAUGGUUGUGUUGGAGCCAUCUCAGUGCUCCAAAGGCAAGUGAUUAGGCUCCAAAAGGAACUCGAUGCCACAAACGCUGAUUUGAUCCGCUAUACCUGCAAUGAAAUGCCAACUCAAGAUGGGAGAAGAAUGGGUGAAGGGGGAGGUUCCUCUCUUGGUCAAUCUCCUGGUUAUUACUACCCUUGUCCUUGGAACAAUGAUCCACUUGGGGAUGGCUACCACAGAGGUGACAAUAAUAUGUGA